CUCUUCAUUUAACCCAAGAAGCCAUUGCAAAUAACCCAAAAACCCACUGAGGGAGACGGACAUUAUUUCCCAGAAGUAAAUACAGCUCAGCUUGUACUUUGGAACAAUUGGUCAACCUUGCUACUUGCACAAUCAACUAGCAAAGGUUAUGCAGUGCCGGAACAUGAUCAUGGCAGAAUCACCAGGCCUCUUCACCGUCUGUCUUUUAGGAUAUCUACUCAGUGCUGAAUGUACAGUUUUUCUUGAUCGUGAAAAUGCCACCAAAAUUCUGAAUCGGCCAAAGAGAUAUAAUUCAGGUAAAUUGGAAGAGUUUGUUCAAGGGAACCUUGAGAGAGAAUGUAUAGAAGAAAAGUGCAGUUUUGAAGAAGCACGAGAAGUUUUUGAAAACACUGAAAAAACUACUGAAUUUUGGAAGCAAUAUGUUGAUGGAGAUCAAUGUGAGUCUAAUCCAUGUUUAAAUGGCGGCCUAUGCAAGGAUGACAUUAAUUCCUACGAAUGUUGGUGUCAAAUUGGAUUUGAAGGAAAAAACUGUGAACUAGAUGCAACAUGCAGCAUUAAGAAUGGCAUGUGCAAGCAGUUUUGUAAAAAGGGCACAGAUAAUAAGGUGCUUUGUUCCUGUACUACAGGAUACCGACUUGCAGAAGACCAAAAGUCUUGUGAACCAGCAGUGCCAUUUCCAUGUGGGAGAGUUUCUGUCUCACUCAAUUCUCUGAAGUUUACUCGUGCUGAGACUAUUUUUUCCAAUAUGGACUCUGAAAAUUCUACUGAAGAUGAAACAAUUUUGGACAACGUCACUCAAAGCACUCAACCAUUUAAUGACUUCACUCGAGUUGUUGGUGGAGAAAAUGCCAAACCAGGUCAAUUUCCUUGGCAGGUCCUUCUGCAUAAUAAAAUUGAAGGAUUCUGUGGAGGUUCCAUUGUUAAUGAAAAAUGGGUCGUAACUGCAGCCCACUGUAUCAAACCUGGUGUUGAAAUUACCAUUAUUGCAGGUGAGCAUAACACCGAAAAGGAGGAGCCUACAGAGCAAAGGCGAAAUGUGAUUCGGGUUAUUCCUCACCACAACUACAACGAAACUAUUAAUAAGUACAGCCAUGACAUUGCCCUUCUGGAAUUGGAUGAACCUUUAAUGUUAAACAGCUAUGUAACACCUAUUUGCAUCGCUGACAGGGAAUACACAAACAUCUUCCUCAAAUUUGGGUCUGGCUAUGUGAGUGGCUGGGGAAAAGUCUUCAACAGAGGGAGAUCAGCUUCAAUUCUUCAGUACCUUAAAGUUCCCCUUGUUGACCGAGCCACAUGCCUUCGCUCCACAAAGUUCACCAUCUAUAAUAACAUGUUCUGUGCUGGCUUCCAUGGGGGAGGUAAAGAUUCAUGCCAAGGAGAUAGUGGGGGACCCCAUGUUACUGAAGUGGAAGGCAUCAGUUUCUUAACUGGAAUUAUUAGCUGGGGUGAAGAGUGUGCAGUGAAAGGAAAAUAUGGAAUAUAUACCAAGGUAUCCCGGUAUGUCAACUGGAUUAAGGAAAAAACACAGCUCACUUAAAGAAAAAUGUAUCUCCAAGGUUCACAUAUUUGGGAUUAAAAAUGAACAAGGUCUUUUACUAACUAAUCACUUUCCCCUCUCAUCAGAUUUGAACAUAUACAUUCCGUGAAUAUUGCUUUUACUUUUUAUGGGGAGAAAUCUGUCUAGAAUUGAUAUUUUGUAGAAUAAAUAAAUUAGAAAAUCAAAUCAUUUGAGAAAUA